CGACACCAGCUUUCAACAACGCGAUGGACCCGGCAAUGCUUGCAAAGCGGCCGAAAGUCCGAACGUGUUAUGUGUGCGGCAGGGACUAUGGCCUGUCGUCGUACGAGAUCCACUUGAAGCAGUGCAAACAACUCUGGAUCGCGCAGGAGGAAUUGAAACCAUUGAAAGAACGCAGACCAGUUCCAGAGCCCCCGCACGCGCUUGUGUCGUCAGAGUGUGGUGACGUCCCAAGCGCAUACGACUUGACGCCCGAGCAGCUCGAGGCGCAGAACCGAGCGGCCCAGCAAGCUUUCGAAAACAAAGUCAUGGAGAAAUGCGCCUUCUGUGGUCGAACUUUCAAUCCAGAACGACUAGCGAUUCACAAUCGAAGCUGCACAGCCGAGCAUCCUGCGAAAGCGAUCGGCCAAGCGAGGCUCAAUGACGCGAGCGGCAGUGGAAACGCCUCGAGCACGCCACCAACCAAGCCAAAGGAACCACCAAAAACUAGGACUCCGCCAGAAAACAAAUCUCAGUCGGGGACAUUGGGAGAAAAACAAACAUCCCUGGCUGGCUCGUUGGGUGCUAACCGAAAGCAGCGCGCUGGUCUAUCUUCUCCCUUGACUAGCGCGUGCCCAGAUGAAGAAGACGACUUGUCUCCGUCCCCUCCAUCCAAUCGCACAAUUCAAGAUAUCAAGGCCAAGCUCGACCACUGGGAAAAGAUCGCGCUGGCAAUGGUCCAGGACAUUCGAGACUUGAAGGUCUCAAUCAAUCAGAUGUAGUCGCCGACCGUCUCAGAAGUAUUCCCAGAAGGACUGUGCCUCUUCUUUCGUC